AAACACAUCAUUGAGGGGAAACUUGCCGCUGUGAGGUUUUUUAUUUGUCUGCAGGCUUUCAGUCUAAGCAGGCAAGCUGGACGAUGAAAGCUGGGCGUUGCCAUGUGCGUUCACAUAUAACACUUUCCCCUCAUCUGUACACUUUCACUCUCCUUCUCACCAUGGAGCUCAGAGUUACAGCCCUGCUGCUUCUUGUCGUGUGCGCCACCAUCUUCACCACCACUGAGGGAGUCAUCCCACGGUGCUGUGUGGGAGUUUCAAACAGCAUUUCCUGCGGAGUUUUACGCAAAGUUGAUAAAUAUGAGGUACAGAAAACAUCCAGCUCCUGUGACACUGCUGCCUUGAUACUGCAUAUGAAAAACAAGACAUACUGCGCACAUCCUAGAUAUGAUAAAGUCCUGGAAAUGCCCAAAAAGAACCAGCGCAAGUGGAUCCGGGAUUGCAAGAAAAUGCUACGAAAAAUGACGCAGUGAGACACUUAUAUCCAAAGAGUGGCUCAGCAGCAGCAUGUAUUUUCUUUUUGAAUUAUUCUUUACAUAGAAUAUAUUGUAUGUGAUGUUUUGUACUGGACAACAUAUUCUUUACCAGAUGUGCUUGUUUCCUGAUUUUUAAUAAAAUAUACAUGUGAUUACCCAUAA